AUGUCAGGAUUCGGAACGGGCUCCUCCUUUGGGGGCUUUGGCUCCAACAACAAUCAGCAGCAGAACACUGGUUUCGGAUCAACUGGGUUCGGCAACACUUCUGGAAACACUGGUAACGCAUUCGGAAGCUCUUCCGGUGGAUUCGGAACUGGAGGAGGUUUUGGCUCGAAUACCAAUACCUCUAACUCAUUGUUCGGUGGUCAGAACCGACCAUUCGGCUCCACUAAUACCACUACUGGUGGUGGAUUUGGCUCGAACACCCAAACCUCUGCAUUCGGUUCAUCUGGCUUCGGAACUGGUAACAGUGGGUUUGGCACGGCAUCUAGCACUGGAACGGGUGGUGGACUUUUCGGUAGCAAGCCGUCUGGUGGCUUUGGAUCAACUGGCAAUCAGACUGGCAGUAUAUUUGGAGGUGCUUCGACUUCUAGCCCAGCUGCCAACACCGGAACGGGCUUUGGAGCCGCUAGCAGCGGUUCAGGGUUUGGUGCUAGCGGUACAGCCCUGGCUGGCGAAGUUCCCCCCUCCCAAGGAACUGCCAACCCAACGUUCAGUCCCUUCACUGAAAAGGAUCCCGGUUCUUCAAACACUAGCAAUUAUCAAAGUAUAAGCUUCAUGACACCAUAUCAAAAAUACUCUUUCGAAGAAUUACGAGUUGCCGAUUACGAACAGGGCAGACGAUAUGGUAAUGCCAGUGGUCAGCCAGGAGCCUUUGGAUCCUUCACCGGAUUUGGGCAACAAGGCUCAAGUGGCUUUGGUAAUACAGCUGCUAGCUCAUCUCCAUUUGGCGCACCAACUACAGCCACCUCUGGGUUUGGAACGCAGAAUCAGACCCAGAACACUGGUUUUGGUACAAAUACCUCGACUAACCCAUUGUUUGGGGCUACAAAACCAAGCACUGGCCUGUUUGGCCAAACCACUACCACUCCUUCUACCGGCUUUGGAACUUCUGGGACUACCGGGGGUUUUGGCGGCUCAACUACCAAUGCUUUCGGGGGUGGCAAUACCACAGGUGGUUUAUUCGGGAAUACCCAGCAAAAAACUAAUGCCUUUGGCACGACCACCACUCCUACCUUAGGAACCGGAUUUGGUACUCAGACAAACACAAGUAACGCUUCACCAUUCGGAAAUACUGCAACCACGUCCGCUUUUGGACAAGGGAACAACACAUUUGGUUCUUUUGGUCAGAAUCAGAAUCAAAACAAACCGGCAUUCGGAGGCUUUGGUCAGACGCAGCCGCAACAGCAGCAAUCUGGUGGAGGGAUCUUUGGGAAUACUACCACUGCUUCGGGAUCUAACUCUUUGUUUGGAAAUAAUACCCAACAGCAAGGAACGUCUUUGUUCGGUCAGCAGAACCAGAAUAAUACUGGUGGUGGCCUUUUCGGAAACACGCAGCAAAAUCAGCAGCAGAAGCCCGGAAGCCUGUUUGGUGGACUUGGUAAUAGCACCACAACUUCAGGAACCUCCGGGUUUGGGCUCGGUGCUACUCAGCCUGCGCAGCAAAGUAACUCCUUGUUUGGAAAUACACAACAGAAGUCUAGUAGUUUGUUCGGCACAACCCCUAAUCAGAGCACUGGGCUUUUUGGGCAAACCAACUCAGCGCCAGCAUCUUCAAGCCUCUUCGGCCUAGGGAACGCCACCCAAGGUACCCAGCAACAGCAGACUAGCGGACUAGGAACCGGUGGAAGUAGCCUGUUCGGCCAAUCUCAACAGCAACCACAGCAACAACAAUCAUCUACCUCUGGAUUCCAGGCAUCUCUUCUAGAUGGCAACCCGUAUGGCAGCCAAUCUAUCUUCUCUGGUCUUCCGGCGCCCAAUACACCCUCUCCAGGUCCCUUAGCAACCCCCCUCUCUGCCAGCCUUAAGCAGAAACAACGCACACCAUUGCCCAUGUAUAAAAUUUCACCAAUCGCAGCGAACCGUCUAGUCACUCCUCCCACCCGUCAAGGUUACGGGUUUAGCUAUUCCAGCUAUGGAACACCUUCCAGCUCCGCAAGCACUUCUGGAAGCAGCAGCCUUUUUGGAGGAAGCUUGAGAAACGGGGGCAGCCUUGGCCGUAACUUUGGCAAGAGCUUGACCAGCAGCAGCCUUCGAAAGACUUGGGACCCUGAGACUGAUAGCAUCCUUUCACCAGGAGCAUUCUCAGCUGGAAAUUCUCGACACUCAAGUGGUAGUCUUAAACGUCUGACGAUAGAUCGCAAUCUCCGUACUGAUCUAUUCUCCCGCUCCGCGUUGACUAAUGGCGAGGAGAGUGCACCGCCGUCGUCUAGCAAACUCAAGAAAAAAGUCAGCUUUGAUGACGCUAUUUCCCCAGGUGACUCUCUUGACAAGACCAACGGCGCCAUUGUUCAUGUUGACUCUGAUACUUCCGAGCCGACCCCCGAAGAACUCGGAUUCUUAAGGUCUGCUCGUAAGCAACCUUCUGCUACGCCAACAGGAGCAACCAAGAGCCCAGAAGCCACUAAUGGUGUUUCAAGCGGAUCUUCCACCCCUUCUGGUAGCCCGCCAAUGGAACAAGUACGUGGCAAUGAACUAGCUUCUGUUCCAGAGAGCGGCGAGCAAGCUACCGUCGCCACUCCAACCAACAAGGCCCUCAUUGCUGUUCCUAAUGUGGACCCCAAACCUGGUGAAUACUGGAUGAAACCAUCUCGUGCAGAACUCAGCAAGAUGACCCGCGAGCAGCUAAAGCAAGUUCCAAAUUUUACAGUUGGUCGUGUUCGCUGUGGAUCCGUUACUUUUGACCGGCCUGUUGACCUCACCACUGUCAAUCUCGACGAUAUCUUUGAUAAAAUUGCCAAAAUCUCAAUCCGAUCCAUCACCGUUUAUCCUGACGAGGCCACUAAGCCUGCUCGCGGUAAGGGUUUGAAUAUGCCCUCUACUCUCCGCAUUGAGAACUCCUGGCCACGUGGAAGAGAUAAGAGAAGUCCAUCACCAUUCACAUCAGGCCCAACCUUCGAAAAGCAUAUCAAACGUCUGAAGGAGGUUACGAACACUGAAUUUAUUGAUUACGAGAAAGAGACUGGCACCUGGGUUUUCACGGUUCCUCAUUUUACGACAUAUGGACUUGAUUAUGAUGAUGAGGAUGAAGGUGAGAGUUUUGAUCAAAGCACUUCAAGCGCUGCUCCUGACUCUAUCGCUUCAAAUGAUCAGACCCCAACGCAGUCGUCGAGCAUGCGCAAUUUUGACGCCUCAAUGAGUAUUGAGGGCUCGCUAUUUGGUGAUUCGGUGAGCGGAGUGGAGGAUGAUACUUUUGAAUUCAAGAGGAAAAAGCCUGUCACUGGGGCUUUCACCCGUCGGGCGGCAAAUGGAAUGCAGGUAGUGGAAGAAGAUAUGGAGUCCGAAGAUGCAGACAACCAGGAUUCUUUUUUAGAGGACGGCUCCGCGGGUUCAGUUACUAAUGAGAGUGAAGGACAGCUGGAAAGCAUGUCAGCCUCAGCAUCAGAACUUGAAUCGGACAGGGAUGAGGAUAUGGAAAUGGCUGGUUCUUUCCCAAUCCCUGACCAAACCGUGGAGCUUACUAUGACUAGCCCCUUGAAGAAAAAUAACUUGUUCCAAUCCAUGCCUCGAUUUGGCACUCCAACCAAGGCAGCAGACCUCAACCUUAAGGGUAACUGGGCUGAACAACUUCAACGAACUAUCAGUCCACGGAAGCAAGACAGACAAGCAUUGAGAGAAGCCCAAGAUAGAGCUUUCAUGGAUAGGGACGAGGAUGAUAGCCCAACCGCAGGCUCAAAACGAGCAAAAGAGCGCCCGGCGCAAUUUACUACUAGUAUCGAUCUCAUGAAUUCAUUAUUCCGACAACCUCAACGGCAAGGUGCUUCUCCUGCACCCUCUCAAUCAUUGAAAGCAAAAAGCGGAUUAGAGUGGCCCUAUCCCAAGAAACCCAAGACCUUUGCAGGCAAGCCGGGUGAAAUGUCAGAAAUUGAGGUUAUAUUUCAUAAAUCGACAAAGGCAAGAUGGGGCGCACUGGAUGAAGUUAUGCUCCCAAACAAUAGACCUGAGGCGCCUUCUUAUGGGGAGAGAAAGCUGGUAGCCGUCAGUAAAUUUGAACAUGAAACUGCCGAGGCCCAGAACCCUUUGCAGGUGCAAAAAACGCAAUCAGUCGUUCGCUUAAUUGACAACGUACCCUUCGCAAGCUUAGCUCUCCCUAAUUUUGGAGACUUGGCCCAGGCUGUUACUGAUACUACCAAGGAAGCUGAUAGUGAAAGGUGGCUGUGGCAAUUGGCCAAUAUCUUGUUCAAUGACGAUUUAGAAGACGAUAUUUCUGAUGGCGUUCCGGUUGGGCUUCGUGAUAAGUACCAACAUCGAAUCAAAAAAGAUCGUCUUAGCCGAUUGUGGGAGACAAUAAUCCGAACGCAUCAUCCCAGCGGAGCUGGAGAUCUCAAAACAUCCGAAGAACGCGCUGUUGUCUACCUGUGCAGCCACCGCGUCGAGGAAGCUUGCAAGAUACUCAUUGACUCCGGAAACCCGCACCUGGCCUCUCUCAUUUCUCAGAUAGGUCGUGAUGAAGGUACUAGGAAUGCCAUGCAGGAUCAAAUUGAGUCAUGGCGCAAGGGUGGUAUUUCUUGUGAGAUAAGUGAACCGAUCCGAGCAAUGUAUGAACUUCUCGCUGGAAACUGCCUUCGCAGUGAAGGAAAGCCGAGCGGACCUCCAGAAGAGCGAAUCUCAACCUUCAACAUUUCAGAUCGCUUUGACCUUGAUUGGUUCCAGGCAUUUGGUCUUCGAUUAUGGUAUGGUAUCUCAGACGAUGACCCACUAGAGGAUGCCGUGACUCUAUUCCAUCAUGAUGUAUAUCACGAAGGUGAACCUCAACGCCCGCUCACAGCGAAUACCAAAGCCUCUGAUGGCCAGACGACUGGUCACGAGUCUUCCCUCUGGGUUUUAUUGAAGACUUACACCCUUGCGGUGAACAAUGGAACUCAUCCGGAGAUUGCACCAAUUCAAGUUCCAGCAGCCAUCACACCCUCUGCAGUUUCUGGUCAUAUGUUAUACAACCGCCUAUCGUUCCAAUUAUUCCACCAGCUAUCAAAGGUUGUUGGGCAUUAUGAUGCACUUGCAGUUGAUCAAGCUAGAGCCGACCAGCUUGCUUGGGACUUCGCUUGGGAACUCACCACAGCAGAGCAAUAUGCGCCAGCUUUAUUUGUCUUAUUACACCUUUCUCGCCCAGCAGAUCGUGAGCGGGGUGUUAAAGAAAUUUUGAGCCGGUUUGCUGCUUUGAUCCCUUCUCCAACUACAGACAAUGGGACUCCAAACGCCUUAUGGACAUAUCUCACUGUGGAGCUCCAGAUACCACCCGCUUGGCUUUGGAUUUCCAAGGCUUUGCAUGCUCGGGCUGUUGGUGAUAUUGCUAGCGAGGUGGAUUGUCUCAUUCAUGCCAAACACUGGAACGAGGCCCAUGGAACCUUUUAUCGUGUCGUUGCUCCUAAGGCGGUCAUUGAAAGAGAUUAUGAUACACUUGCUUCUCUGCUUAAUGGAUUUGGUGAAAGUCCCGAGAGAAGGGUUAGGGACUGGGCGGAUGGCGGUGCGGUCUACCAGGAUUUCCUGCAGUUGGUGAAUGCGAAGGGAGGGUGGAGAGACCCAGCACCGCUGAAGAGACUGCUAAAGGCGCUUGCGAGCCUUGGCGGGAAAGUCGAAAAAUCAGCUUCUUCGAGUUUGCAUGAGCGAAUUGCGUUCAGAGAAAUGAGCCGUAUGGUCGCCGGGUGGGCUACCAGAGAUGUAGGAAACAAUAUCGAGUCGUCUACCAUUCUUAAUCUCCCAUUGACUCGGGAUGCUCGGCUCACUCACAGCGCAGAAGUUAGCAGACGUUACUACAAUGCUAUCAUGGCCGGCGGAAGCAGCUGA